AUGCAACCCUCACGUUCUCAACCCCGCGGUCCGGGCAGUUUUUCUCCUUUAUCAAGCUCUUCUGUCCAACCUUCACAGCUAUCGACCUCCUCAAGGCCUGCUCUCCGUCGAGUCGAAACCUCAGACGGUGAAGACGAGACCCCUCGAGCCUCCAUUACGAUACCCAAGUCGCGACAACCUCCACAGCCUCAACCCUCGUCUCCCGCGACACCGAUAUAUGCCCAAUUCACCACACAUGGCAACUCUAGUACCGCGAGCUUAGGCCAUCACAACUUUUCGAGACCGGCAAACGCAAGAUCUGUUACCCAGGGAUCGCCAGCGACUCUGGUCAAAGGUCAUGCGCGCAAACACUCUGCUACACAAGGCUCUUUUGAACCUACGCUGCCGUCUAUGAGCACUUCGAAUCUAUCUUCGCAUCUCGGAAUGACUCAUCAAAAUACCUCUACUGCUUCUGCCUCCGCAGCUGCGGCGGCGGCGGCGGCUGCCUCUGCCUCCAAUGUGAGCUUGUCUGCAAGUCAGAUGGCAGCGCAGGCGGCUGUUAUGUCGCAUCAAAACCACUCACGCCAGCGCUCACAGACGGUCCCUUUCCCUGGCGAUCAGAACGAGGGUGUUCGGCGAGGGAGUGGUAGCAAAGGCCCUACCAGCCCGCCAAUGCUGAGCUUGACGGAGGCGAGUGCGCCGCGAGAUACAGGGUUCGUGAACCAUGGCGGGUAUGGUGGGCCACAUUCGUCUGCUGCUACGGCGGCCGCGAAUGUUGUUUUCCCUCGAUCUGGUCACAACUCUCCAAGAGCAUCGCCUCAGCCAUAUUCACAACCACCUCCUCCACCUCCACCCGCGUCGGAAAAGCCAAGCAAGAUAGAAAAGUCCAAGGUGAAACUUUUCUCCCGUCCAGGCAAAAUUAGCACAAAGGGCGAAUCAAAGGAGAAGCCUUUACCAAGUCCAGGAAAAAUUGGUUCCGCUUUAUCGGCUCUUCAACGUGGGAACUUCAGUACAAACAGCCUGGUUGAUCCAAGUAGUCAGUCCAUGUAUAAUCUCAACAACUCAUCUUCAGCAACCAUACGACCUAUUGAAACGCCUACAGAAGAAAGAGAAAGGGACAAGGAAAAGGAAAAGGGCAAGGAGAAGGAGAAGAAGCACCAUUUCCUUUCGCGGCAAAAGCACAAGCUGAAAGAUGAAUACCAUCUUCCAUUGUCAUCAGCGGCUAGCAAUUCUCUUCCAACCGAUCCUAAUGCGCCAAACCCAUUGUACAACUUCAAUAUCCCGCCAAGUCCUGCGCCCACUUCUUCCACCUUUGCCAAGGCCAAAAAGGACAAGAAGCUUGCUGAAAGGUCGGACAGUCGGCUAGAUAAUGAGUCGAGCUUCAAUGUGCAGAGCGAAUGGCCUGGACCUAGUAGCCUACCGUCGAUGUCUCAACAGUCCACAAUGUAUGAUCCUGUCGACCCUGGAAAACUAGGGCUUCAUAACCACAUGUCGCUGGACGAUGCGUGGCCAUAUUUGAGAGCCAAGCUCCUGGUCAUCUUUGAGGGCGAGGAUCUGCGUCUUCCGGUAGAAGACUUCAACCGUGUUGUGCAGAUGCACAUCCAGUGGUGCAUGCAUAGACGCUCACCCAAUACCAUGCUGGAGGAUUUGCGAGAUCUUUUACACACGGGCUUCCUGUCACUUGAUCGAACAUUGCGUCAGACUCCUGAAGACCGCUUUAUUCCAACACUGGUGGAGCUUUGGAUGUUUACCUUCACGUCCAUCCUACCAUAUAUGCAGGCCGUCUUUCUCCCGCUAGAUCUUGAGGUAUCAGGCUGCGGUACACUCAUGACCGGAGAGCAAGCCCGUGAUUUCUGGGGCGGUGCUAUCGCGUCCUCGUUUGGCUCAGGGGGGCAAGCUCGUGUUGCUCCGGCACCAUCGGUUCUUGACGUAAGAAGGCUUGUCCUCAUCGCUUACAGGGACACUGUCAUCCUACCACGCUACGACACACUGAAGACUAUAUUUUCGCGGCUCUCCCUCGAGUUUCUGCCAUCAUCGCUUGCAAAUAUGGCGAUGGCGUCUCCACCAGAAGCGUCGCUGUCUACCUCCCCUCCUGAGUCGUUUGGCCGCCCCGGUACAGCAAUGUCUCUUGACCCAUCCAAUGCUUCUUACAACUCAACAAGCACAACCCUUCUUGGAGAAGGCUCCGCUGGGGGUCGUAGUCGUGCCAUCAGCAAUGUCAGCUUCGGCAGUCACGGUAGUGAUGGCGGCUUGAGACCGUUCACACCAUCGGGAAGCGGAGGAAUACCACCCGUGCCCUCCCUGGGUAGUCUACGAGAACGUGAGCAGAAUGUUGAGGACUCAAAGCACAUCACCGAGAUGGUUGGUCGAAUGUUGCAGUGUAUGAGUGUCUUGUCAGGGGUGUCAGCUGGCGAUGUUGGGGCUGAAGGGAACGAGCGGGUCGUGGAGCUGUGCAAAAUGCUGAAGCUUAACUGGUUGGGGAGAGGAAGAACGGGAAGGAACAGAAGGGGUAUGGUCGGUGGUCGAGUGCGGCGAGAUGAUAUGAGAGACGAAGUCCGUGUUAUUUAG